AUGAGCGGCGGGGAGACGACGUGGUCGCCUCUGUGCGUCGCCGGCGCGUGGCUCGGCGUGGACGCGCGCGCGCGCGACCACCGCGGGUAUACGCAAGACCUGUACCGCGACGACUCGUACCCCGAACACGUCCAACCCCCCGAGCCCGGGCAUCGACACGUCUCGCUCUCGCACUCGCAUCGCGGCGUCCUCCGCGGGCUCCUCGUGACGUACCGCUCGCGCCUCGUCUCCGUCGUGAAGGGCGCGAUAUACGACGUGAUCGUGGACUGCCGACCGGAGUCGCGGACGUACCGUCGGUGGUGCGUCGCGAUCGUCUCGAGCGCGAACCGCCGACAGGUGUUCGUGCCGGGGGGGUGCGCGCACGGAUUCUUAGUCCUCGAAGACGCGGACGUGCUGGUCCACUCGUCGACGCGCGAAGACCCGGAGAACGAGCUGACGAUCAACGCGCGCGACCCCGCGCUGGGGGUGUACUGGCCGCGAUUGGACGACGUCCGCGAGGCGAUCACGAGCGACGAGGACGGCGCCGCGCCGCCGCUGUUGCAGGCGCACGAUCGAUUCGUGGACACGGUGCCGGGGGUGAUCUCCUCAAACUGGUCCCCAUACGAACUCGUCCGCGUGGUGCCGCGGCCGCUCGGGCGCGCGCUCGUCGUCGGCGCGUCCGGGAACGUCGGCGGCGCGAUCGAGGAAAAAUACGGCGCCGCGAACGUCAUCGGGACGUACAAGAACGAGGCGAGGACCGAGGACGGGUACGUGUACCUGGACAUCGAAGCCGUCGCGGAGGACGAGACGCUGGCGGAAGAGAUCAUGACGAUGUGCCGCCCCGAGGUGGUUUUUAUAUGCGCCGGCUUCAACUGGGUCGACGGAUGCGAGAACGAGGCGGAGGGUCUGCGGCCGCGGAAUAUGAACGCGGUGGGCCCGCGGAACCUCGCGGUCGCCGCGAAGAAGGUUGGCGCGAAAGUCGUGUACUUCUCCACGGACGCGGUCUUCAUAGGGAACGAGACCGGGAAGGUGUACGCCGAGGCGGAUGAGUUUUUACCGCAAAACAAAUUCGGAGAGACGAAGCUGCUGGGCGAACAGCUCGUGACCGCGGUGUGCCCGGAGCGGACGCUCGUGAUCCGAACCGCGGGCGUCUUCGGUCCCGAGCGCGUCGGGAAAAACUUCGUGUACCGGAUGUGCGAGGCGAUCAACGACGCGGACGACAUGGCGGUCCCGACGGAUCGGUUCUGCUCGCACGUGUACAAUCGCGAUUUAGGCGCGUCCCAUCUCGCGCCGGUCCCCGUACGACCGCCCGCGUCGGUGAAGGGUCUCGUGGACUCGGACGCCGCGGGCACGUUCCACGUCGUCGGCGAGGAGUCCUUCUCUCGGUUCAACUUCGCGCAGAGAGUCGCGGUGACGUUAGGGUUCAAGGACACCGCGACGCGCGUCAUCAAGCGCACGGAUUUGAAGACGAUGCACGACCAGACGUUUGAGGCGAGAGGGUUCGCGGCGGAGCGACCGAAAAAUUUGGCCCUCGCCGCGGACAAGCUGAAGGAGACGUUGCCGGAGCGCAUGCGACCCAAGCCGCUGCGCGAGGCGCUGCUGCACUGGAAGACGAACCCGAGAGGGGCGCGGUGUCCGGGGAUCGGCGUGCGGCGCGCGGAGGGCGAGUGAGGCGUCGGCGGCGGCGGGAGUGUACAGUAGGGCUAAAAAAUUUCUCGAGACUGAUGAGGGCCAUCCAUACAAAAACA